GCACUCCUCGGUGUUUACAGCCUCCCUUAUUAAACUCCCAUUUUAGAGAGAGAAACCCCCUCUUUCUCUCUCCUAUUUUUUUUUUUAAAUUAUAUAUAUAUAUAUAUAUCCACACAGCAUAGGAGAGGCAGUAUCUUUUGUUAUCAUCCUUGGGAACAUUAUAUGAUUUCGUAAGAACAACCACUCUAUGGAUUCUUGAGUUCUUUCCUUUCUUCUUUGUUGUAUGCAGAGCAGGCAAGGAUUCCGCCCAUUUGCGUUUUUGAAAGCGGGAACGCCGCGUAAUUUCGUUUUCUUCUUUUUCUUUUGCCGUUUUGAUUUCUGUUUUCGAACAAUUACUCAACCACCACAAAAAUGGCCAUUCAAUUGCAGUUACAGCGCCGGAAUUUUGGCCUUCUUCCCUCCGAUUCUACUCCUGCUGAUCAGUUUCAUCAAUUAUUUCAUCCUAAUCAUCAUCCUCUUCAACCAGGAAACGCUCAGUCCAGUUCUGACGAUCUUCACACUCUCUCUUUCUUGCCGGAGAUGUCGACGGAUCAGAUCGAUCGCUUAAUUCGAUUGCAGAGUGAAAGAUUCAGAGUACUUCUGCACCACAAAAUAAAUCAAGAAAUCGGAGUGUUAUUGAACCAGAUCGAAACCAGAACGCGCGUUCUGUUUCAGCAGAAAGAUGAAGAAAUCGCUAAUGCGAACGUGAGAAAAAUCCAUCUCGAACAAUUAUUGACGAGAUUACAAAUGGAGAAUCAAGAACGGAAGAGAGCCGUACAAGAGAAUCAAGCAAUGGUAGCAUCGCUUAGUCACGCACUCAAUCAAAUCAGAGAAAGGCUUUCAUCGUGCGCGAACGAUGCGGAGUCAAACAACAACAACAACAGAGACGGAGAAGACGACGCCAUUGAUUACGGAAAAAAGAGGAAGACGAAGAAGAUGAUGAUGAUUUGCCAAAUCUGUAACUCUCGGAUUUCGUGCGUGCUGUUGUUGCCUUGCAGGCACCUCUGUUCGUGUAAGCCAUGCGAAAGUACUCUCGAGUUUUGCCCCGUCUGCAACACGACGAAGAAAGCCAGCAUCGAGGCUGUGAUUUUCUAGGCAAAUUUUCCGGGAAAAAGUUGAAGUUGAAAACAAAUAUGAAAAGAAACCGUCUCACUUUUUCGGUAGGAUUUUCGAAUUUUAUCCCUUUUUUCCUUCCUUUUUCCAUUUUUUUUAUUUUUCAUUGAUGAACACCAGUAAUUGAUUUUUUUUGGAAAUCAAACUAUACAGAAAAGAAUCCAAUAAACCUUGAUGGAUUAUUCUUCGUUUUGUUUGUUACUUCUGCUUAGCUUACUCCAUUUUUAGAUUUUGCUGCAGGUCGGCUGAUUUGACUCGAUUCCAUUGCUGUUUUCUUUUUAUGAAUUGCCUUUAUUU